UCUUGCACCGCCCGCACUGUCCAUCCAAGAUGGCAGCCAAGCGCGAUCUGAGGGGGUCGCGGCGGUUACUGUGGAGGUUGUGGCUGGUCCCGAACGCUCCACAGAACCCGGGAUCCGGCCUGGGCCUAGGAGCGAGGACUUAUUCUCAGGGCGACGGCCCAUACUCGCGCACCGCGCUCUAUGAGCUGCUCGGCGUCCCCAGCACGGCCACGCAGGCGCAAAUCAAGGCGGCCUACUACCGGCAGAGCUUUCUCUACCACCCAGACCGCAACUCGGGGAGCGCGGAGGCUGCCGAGCGCUUCACGCGCAUCUCCCAGGCCUACUUGGUGCUGGGCAGUGCCACUUUGCGUCGCAAGUAUGACCGCGGCCUGCUCAGCGACGAGGACCUGCGCGGGCCUGGUGUCCGGCCCUCCAAGGGGCCCGCCGGCAGUGCCGGCUCGCCCCACGCCCCGCCACCGGCCUCUCGGGCCCACAGUCGUGCUCAGGCCGCGGCGGGCGCCAACCGCACCAUGUUCGACUUCGACGCCUUCUACCAAGCGCACUACGGAGAACAGCUGGAGCGCGAACGGCGCCAGAGGGCCCGGCGAGAGGCCCUGCGCAAGCAGCAGGAGGACCGGGCCAAGAAGGGCUUCCGCUGGGACGAGACCCGAGACACGACUUUUGUGUUCCUUCUCUUCAUAGCCUUCGUCAUCGUGGGCUUUCGUUUUUAAUCGGAGAGAGGAGGAAAGGGGAGCAGCCCCCCAGCCAGCCCCAAGAAAACGGCCUUUCCUGUCUUCUUGAACCCUUGCCUUCCCUAGUCUACCUCUGCUGGGGUCCGAAGGAACUGCCCUCCCCCUCCUCUUCCCCGCCCGCCCAGCUUAGCCCUUCACCUGCACGUCCCUCCCCUACGGUCCAGACAAGAAGGCUUUCGAUGCCCAGUGAGAAGAAUCCCGAAAGCCCGAGAGUGAAGGGUUUUCUGGAGUCCCUUGGGUGCCAAUUCCAGAGGUUGCCUUCCUGAUGUUGUCAACUUCUGGAACACUUGCUCUGGCUUUAUUGUAAAGCUCUAAGCAAGCGUUGUCUGCUCCUGCCCCACGUUUGUACCGUGGGGGUCCUGUGUAACCUUGAACCGUGCCAUGUGACCAGUUGUUGGCUGCCAAAAGAAAAAUUCUGGGGUUGUCCAAACCUUGUCUUUCUGUGAGUUCCCCAGCCACAAGAGGAUUGCAGUCAGGGACAUUCCCUGGGGUCCUGGAACCUGGAAACAGAAAAAUUCCAGAAGUUGUCAGGCGGCAGAGAGCCCAGACUGCCUGGAACCUUCCAGAGCCUUUCAGAACUUUCCGUGUACCUUCAAGCAUGAGGGUUAAUGAAGUUUAUUAACCAUCCAACUCAAAGGCUUUUCCAUGGCCCGAACUGAGCCCGCUCCUCUGUCGGUAUCUCUACCUACCUGCCUCAAGUCUUUUUUAUGCCAGCGCUGAACAAUAAAGGGCCUUGUUCCCUACCCCUUGUAAAA